AUAUGUGUCUUUCACGACAAAAAGUUUGUGUUAAUUAGUUGGUAGAUAGAUUUUUAUAGCGUUUUCGAAUGAACGGUUUAAUUCAACCCGGUUCAAUUAAUCACUAUAUUUUACUAUGAAUUCAAGUCUUUUAUUGGCAGAGACAAUGCAAUGACGUCAUUAAUCGCUCUCAAAGCGAUUAAAUCUGCUAUAUUCGAAAACACUAUUAGAUCCGAUAUCCAAUUGCUACGUUUGUGAAAAGUAGAUAGUGAUAAAUGUACCUGCCAAUCAUCUCAUUGGACAACGGGCAGUGUGCAAUGGGCGUGUUUAGCAGAACAAACCGCUUAUUAUUAGUAGCAAUCAAAUGUGAUUGGUUCUUACUUUUAGAAUCAACAAAUCAACGUAAAGUAUUGAUAAGACGACAACUCAACAGUUGUUCUGUUGACGCGGCCAAUAGUAUGUUCUUAGAUAUCAGCGGUGACGUCACAAAGAAUUUCGCGCGCGAAACGUUAUCGCAGACUUCUCACUUCGCAGACAUUUCUUGUCAAGCGUCCGACAUUCACCGUACGAGUUCCAGAAACAUCGUUAUCACUGCAAUUUUGGUAUCAGCCGAUUCACAGUUUCUACAAGUUCAUCGAAAUCGUCUUCACAUAUUUCUUUUUACUUUCUCGCCGAAGCAUAUCUAUAUAAUACGUGUAUAUCAUCGUAGCCAGUUAUGUAUCUGUGUUUGCUGGGGUGUUAUCUCCGAGGGGAUGAUAAAGAAAAUAGCAAAGGCGGGGAUCAAUUUUGGAAUAUUACAAGAUACUUAUAAAGAAAGUGGAAGAGAGAGUCUAGAUCAAUUGUUGUCGGCUACACAAGAAGACAAUAAAUCUCGUGUCACCGCGAACAAAAACGUCAUAGAAAAGAUUCAAAUAUUUUUAGAUAAGAACCAAACACCAGCAGUCGUAUAAUUUUAAAACAAAGAGAAAAAUUAUUAAAAAAAAAUAUAUAUUUGUUUAAGAAUUCUCUGUGUUAGACAAUGUAACGUUUUUACUUCUUCAUAGAGGAAGCUUUGUUCUCAUGAAAAAAAAAUUUUUUCGAGAUUUUUAUGUCAA